AAUCUUCAUAUAAGACUUGUAGUCGCUUGAGAACGUGUCUUUCACCGAGCCAACCUUUGAUCUUCUUCGGUAUCAGAAGUGAGCUAAUAUUUUCAUGCUACAUUAGUUUCUGCACGAUAUUAUUCUUUUAUUUCAUCUCUCAUUGUCAUAAUAAGGUUGUAACUAUUAGACUUGCCUCCGUACACCGUACCAUAUAUCAUUCUGCUUUUUGAAACAAAUCUCUAUUUUUAUUUAUUUUUUGUUUUUCAAAGCAUGUUUACAUUAUUUGAAACAAUCGCGCAUGACUCUGUCCUCAAACUACCCACCUGCCUUGAUAACCCCAACAAACAUAGAUGGCACUUGGCAUUUGCUACAAUCUACUGUUCAAGGGCCAUCUCUUCUUGCUUGAAAGCCAAGAACAAGAGAAAGGUCUCCCCUGUUCCAUCUAACCGAGUUGUUGUAAUCGAUGUUUUCGAACCACCACACCCCUGUUUCACCAACAUUGAUAAGUCAAGCCUCACCCAACUUGUCAAGAAGAAAAAUCUAAACCAGCUUGUUGAAAAACAUCAUGGAGUUCAUAGUCUAGCUUCUGAUCUCAAAACCAAUUUGGAGCUUGGAAUAAAUGGAGAUGACGAAGAAGAUAUUUCGAGCAGACACGAAGCUUUUGGCACUAACACAUAUCAAAGGCCUUCCACGAAACGUUUCUAUCGUUUCGUGUGGGAGGCUUUGAAAGAUCCUACUAUUAUAAUCCUUUUAGUAUGUGCAGCUCUUUCACUUGGCUUCGGCAUCAAAGAAAAUGGGCUAAAAGAAGGGUGGUACGAUGGAGGCAGCAUAUUUUUCGCUGUCUUUCUUGUCAUAGCAGUCUCAGCAGGAUGUAAUUUCAAGCAGAAUAGGCAAUUUCUCAAGUUAUCUAAAGUUAGCAACAAUAUCGCAAUUGAUGUUGUGAGAAAUGGAAGGAGGCAACAAGUUUCGAUUUUUGAAAUUGUUGUUGGAGAUGUUGUUUGCUUAAAGAUUGGAGAUCAGGUUCCAGCUGACGGCCUGUUCAUAGAUGGGCACUCGCUACAAGUUGAUGAAUCGAGCAUGACAGGCGAAAGCGAGCACGUCGAAGUGAAUCUUACUAAAAAUCCAUUCUUGUUUUCGGGUACCAAGGUGGCUGAUGGGUUUGGCCGAAUGCUUGUGACAUCGGUUGGCAUGA